AUGGUGGAGAUGGGUUGUAUAGGGGUUAUCCUUGUGGCCAUUUGUAGUGCUUUUAUGUUAAUUAGAUCCCUCCUCAAGAAUGUAAAUUGGUGGCUCUAUGAAUCCCACUUGGGAAUGAAGCAGUACUCUCUUCCACCUGGUGACAUGGGCUGGCCCAUCAUUGGCAACAUGUGGUCUUUCCUCAGAGCUUUCAAGUCUAGUGAUCCUGAUUCCUUCAUCUCCUCCUUUGUGUCCAGAUUUGGAAGGACCGGAAUAUAUAAGGCCUUGAUGUUUGGAAGCCCAAGUGUAAUUGUGAUAACACCUGAAGCAUGCAGAAGAGUUUUGACAGAUGAUGAUAACUUUAUUCUUGGUUGGCCUCGUUCUACGGUUGAGCUUAUUGGAAAGAAAUCAUUCAUUGCAAUGUCUUAUGAAGAACAUAAACGUCUUAGGCGUUUGACAUCUUCUUCAAUCAAUGGCUUUGAAGCACUGUCCUUGUACUUGGUAUAUAUUGAAGAAAUUGUGAAAAGUUCAUUGGAGAAAUGGGCCAACAUGGGACAAAUAGAGUUUUUAACUGAGCUCAGGAAGCUUACUUUUAAAAUCAUUGUGCAUAUUUUCCUUGGCUCUGAGGGUAACGCUUUUAUGGAAUCUUUGGAAAGGGAAUACACGGCACUUAAUUUUGGAGUUAGAGCCAUGCGAAUUAAUAUUCCUGGAUUUGCAUUUCAUAAAGCCUUCAAGGCUAGGAAAACUCUGGUGGCAAUAUUUCAAUCUAUCGUGAAUGAGCGAAGGAAACAAAGGAAGGAAAAUUUGUCCAGACAAAACAAAGACAUGUUGGAUGCUCUGAUUGAUGUUGAAGAUGAAAAUGGAAGAAAAUUGAGCGAUGAAGAAAUCAUUGAUGUUAUGAUAAUGUACUUGAAUGCAGGCCAUGAGUCUUCAGGACAUAUUACCAUGUGGACCACCUUGCUCCUGCAAAAGCACCCAAAAUAUUUCCAAAAGGCUAAGGCUGAACAGGAAGAAAUAAUAAAGAAAAGGCCACCUACACAGAAGGGGUUGACACUUCAGGAAAUUCGGCAGAUGGAGUUUCUUUCUAAGGUGAUUGAUGAAACAAUGCGUGUGAUUACAUUCUCAUUGAUGACCUUUCGCGAGGCAAAAUCUGAUGUCAGGAUCAAUGGCUACACCAUUCCAAAAGGUUGGAAAGUACUGGUUUGGUACAGGUCCGUUCACCUUGAUCCUGAAAUAUAUCCUAAUCCAAAGCAAUUUGAGCCUUCAAGAUGGAAUACCGUACACAAGGCUGGAGAAUUCCUUCCCUUUGGAGCAGGAACCAGAUUGUGUCCAGGGAAUGAUCUCGCUAAGCUAGAAAUCACAGUUUUUCUUCAUCAUUUUCUUCUGAAUUAUCAGCUUGAACAACUUAAUCCUACAUGUCCUGUGAUGUACUUACCGCAUACAAGGCCCAAGGACAAUUGCUUGGCAAGAGUCCAGAAAUGUUCAUCUGCAUCAACCUAAGAUGGAUAAACAGAGUACGAGAC